AUGCCGCCCCGCCACCAGACUCUGCCCCCCGCGCAAACGUCGUCCGCCCGCGAAGCCCAGAAAUCCUUCUACUGCACGCUCUGCUCCAAAGGCUACUCCCGCAUGAACGACUACGAAGCCCACCUCUCGUCCUACGACCACAGCCACAAGCAGCGCCUCAAGGACAUGAAGGCCAUGGUUAGAGAUCCCAAUGCCGGCGCCAGGGCUCGCAAGGCAGAGGCCAAGGCCGACGCGCUUGUCAGCAUAAAGUUGCCGGGCCAGGAGGCCGCGCCCUCUACCGGGGCAGGCUUCAAGAAGGGCGGCUUCAAGAAGAGCGGGUUCAAGAGCGCGUUUGGACCGCCGGCUGCUGAAAAGGAUGCUUCGCCGAAGCCGGCCCCUGGCAAACCGGCCUUGAAAGACGCCUUGUUGGUGGAAAGCGAUACCGAGGAUGAGCAAUACGACGUGUACGAUCCCCUUUACCCGACUGAUUAA